AUGACCUCGAAGUCGGUCGAACCCGAAGAGUCGGCUCCGCUGCUGGGCCCAAAGAAAGCCGAUGAAGUGAAGAGUAUCUUUUAUCUGGCGCCGAGUCAAACUCAAGCCUCCGAGGAAGGUCUACACUCCUAUACGGGCGAGAACGAUGAUGAGACCAAGCCGAAGUCGUAUUUUAACGCCGAAAGUGCGCCGAACAGUAUUCGGUCCGGAGCGGAGGACAGUGAGGAGGCAAACCAGGUCAGACGGAGAGGAAGGAAGGAUAAGGAGGGUGAGGAGCUGUGAAGUUGGGAUUUUUGGGGAUUUUUGACCGAUUUUUGAAAAGCUCGGGCGCAGCUUGAAAAAUAAGACGGCCAAAAAGAAUGGUUGAUUAGCCAUAUCAUCAGUAGUAAAAAACUCUGUUCUGGGGCCAAUGCGCUGUCUGAAGGUUUGCUGAAGGUUAGCUGAAAAUUGCAGGGCGCAGCUCGGAAAAAAGUUUUCGCAGCUUGCCGGAGCUAACAGGGGAAGUACUUCAAGUGUGACGCUCAGAUUUUCUUUAAAUUUUGCACACACAUCGGGUAUGGACUAAAUAUCAAUUCCUGAAAGUUUUAGCUCGCGCUUUGCGGGCGCCGCCGAGAUAUUGAACGAUUUUUGCCGCCGAGAGAGCACGCUCAACGUGGAGAGCGGUCAGAGAGAAAACCGCUUUUUGGCCAUAACUUUGGCAGUUUCGUGCGGAAAAAUUUGAUUUUUUGUAGAAACAUUAUUCUUUACGGUUGAAAUAGGCAUGAAACUUUUCGUGCCGAAAUUCGGCAAAAAGUCCCAAAUUUUCGCCGACUUUCGAUCUAAAAAUCUCGGUUGUUUCUGCAAAGCGCGAGCUAGGAUUCCCGCAUAUAUCUUAGAAAAAAUUAUUCUAAAUUUGUGCCAAGUUUCAUCAAAAUCUGAGCGUCACACUUCAAGUACUUCCCUUGUACUUGAAGUAAGUUUUCAGUCUGUUUUCGAGCUGCGCCCAAGAUGCAAGCUGCGCCCGUGCAAUUUCUCCGAGCUGCGCCCUAUGAUUUUCAGCAAACUUUCAGAUAGCGCAUUGGCCCCUGGCCACUCAAAAGAAUUAUUUUUUCAAGCUGCGCCCAAGCCUUAAUCUUACGUUUUUUUGAUAACCUUGUAGUAGGUUUUUUUUUUUGAUAACCUUAUAGUUGGUUAAUGCCACACCAGCAAACAAAUAUCUUUUUCAAAUUAUUUUUCAUAUUAUAACUUGUAUAAAUCAUCUUGCAAUGUCAGUUUUGCAGAAAUCAAAACCGGCAAAGAGCCAUCUCCCGCAACUGACACCGCCGUCGAGCUCGACUCGAUCUCUUUCUCCGUGAUGCCUAGUAAGUUAUCGAACCUUAGUUUUGAAGCAGAAAUCAUCGCUAAAAUGGCCAUCCUUUCCAGCCCAAACAAUGCCAAGUCAAAACCGCGACUCGCACAGUUCGAGUCACUCGUUUCGAAUCGAGGUCUUCCGAAAGCUGCGACGCUUCCCUCCGGGCGCUCAUGUAAUCCUACUCGCCGAAUUCUGCCACAGUUUCACAUCGUAUGCGCUGAGGAUCAUCCUGUACUACUAUUUGAUCCAAAAAUUAAUGUUGUCCGAGGAUGACGCCAUUUUUUAUACCCAAGUUUAUCUUUUUUUCACACAUGUUUUCCCGAUUAUUGGAUGUGUUUUGGCCGAUGGAUUCUUUGGACUUUAUAAGUGAGUAAAAUACGUUCUCUGUCAAAGAAAAUACAUUUCUUGUGGCAAAAAACGUACCAUUUUGCAUCCGGGAAGCAUCAAAAAUAUGGCAAAAUGCUUCCCUCUCCAAGUGAGAAAACUUCGUUUUGAAGGUCUUUUGAAAUCGGAGUUUUUUACACUUGGAGAGGGAAGCAUUUUGCCACAUUUUGGAUACUUCCCGGAUGCAAAAUGGUACGUUUUUUGCCACUGGAUGAGGUCCCACACUGUAGAUGAUUCAGCACCAAAACAAAGGUAUCUUUACGUCGUUUCAGGACCAUAAUCUACCUCAUCCUGAUAUACGGGAUUGGCCAAGUUUUUAUGAUCGUUUCCUCUUGCUUUGAACCAGAACAGGCAUAUGCCCAUCCAUGGUUGGACCUACUUGGACUGCUUUUGAUCUCAGUUGGCACUGGCGCCCUUAGACCCUGUAUGGCGGCCUUUGGAGGGGACCAAUUUGAAAAAACGGACGUCAAAUUGCGUUCAAUGUUCUUCGCCUUGCUCUACACGUCGUUCAAUUUGGGCUGCAUCCUUGCAGGCGCAACCACACCACUGAUGAGGGGUAAGAGCGAUUUUUCAACCGUUGCAGCCCAUUUUUAACCUCAAAAAGAUCAUAACAAGGUCUAUUUAGACUUCUCAUGCCUCUCCGAGCGCUCCUGCUACCCGUUUCCAUUCAGCGUCUCGACUUUGGUGCUUUUCAUGAUGAUGUUUGUUCUAAUUGUGGGCUACAAAUGCCUCCGAAGUGUGCAUGAAGUCAAGGAGAAUAUUUAUGCGUCAGUUGCGAAAACGAUUUGGGUAAGAGGGUAAAAUACGCAUGGAGGAGGUUUUCCAUUGGAUACUGGAACUUUUGAUGACAAAAAGUAUAAGACUUGCUCUUCAGACCGCUCUCAAAAACAAGAGGAAGUAUCACGACAAAGAGGUGGGCUGUUGGCUGGACCACGCCUUGGAUGACCAUGAAUGCGACAGUCCUGCGUGUAGAAAAGUAAGGAUUCAUACAGUAGAGGACAUGAUCCAGUUGCAAAAAACGUACUAUUUUUCAUACGGGAAUCAUCAAAAAUGUGGCAAAAUGCUUCCCUCUCCAAGUUAAAAAAACUCCGAUUUCAAAAGCGCGCCCGCUCUGUUUGUAAGGGAAAUGGCGCGUCCUUCAAACCGAAGUUGUCCUCACUUGUAGAGGAAAGCAUUUUGCCACAUUUUUGAUGCUUCCCGGAUGCAAAAUGGUACGUUUUUUGCCACUGGAUCAGGUCCCUCACUGUAGACUAUGAGUUAGGCUAGCCGAAACAACUUUUCAUAGGGUUUGAGUCACCGUAAAUUACCUCAAACAACGAUGAGUAAAUUUGCGAAAACGCGGACUAUAAGUCUCUUCUAUUCUUCAUACUUUUCUUUUCUCUUCAGGUGACACUCAUCAACGAUAUUCGCACCUUAGGAAAGAUUCUCGUAAUUUUCUUGCCCAUCCCCAUCUUCUGGACCCUUUUUGAUCAGCAAUACAACAAUUUCUACAGACAAGGAAAUGAGAUGGAUCUGAGCUUGGGAAAUAAUUUGUACAUCCUGCCCGACCAAAUGCCGGCGUUUAAUAUGCUACUUGUGGUCAUCUUACUGCCAGUUUUUCACUUUGUCAUCUACCCGUUGUGCCGGCUUUGCUGCAAACCCACGUGAGUUUACAUGUUUGGCGAGGGUGUGUUCUUAUUCUUCGACAUCUAAUAGAUGCCUUUAGAGUUGAUUACACUCUACAAGAUUUUGCUAGACAACUCUUUUACUGGGCCAGAAUUGAGGGUGGGCCAGAUGGACUUGAAGAAGUUAUUUUGAACAUAACUUUGGGAAUAAAGGGCCAAAACUCAAAUGAUUUGUAUUUGGAUUCACAGAGCACCGCGAUCUUUUUGUUGUAUAUCUGUUUGUUGCUCAAAGCCUCCAGGAGCUCUGCUAACAUCAUUUAUUCGAUUUUGUCCCAGAAAAUCAUCAAAAUGAUGUCAUCAGACAUUAGAAGGUUCUUUGAGUCACAACAAGGUACAUGACAAAAAAGGAAUGACUUGUGGAUCAAAAAUUUCAAUUCAUUUGAAUUUUGACCCUUUAUUCCCAAAGUUAUGGUCAAAAUAACUUCAUCAAGUCCAUCUGGCGCACCCUCAAUUUUGGCCCAGUAAAAGAGUUGCCUAGCAAAAGCUUGUUGAGUGUAAUCAACUCUAAAAGCAUCUAUUAAAUGUCACAGAAUAAGAUUCGUCCAGAAACGCCCAAAAUUUUUCAGGUAUCUCCGAAAAAUGAGCGCUGGAAUGCUGAUGGCGUCACUCUCCUUUCUGAUGAUGUGCGUAAUUCAAAUUCACUUGGAUGUAAGCCUAUUCUAACAAAAUUCGUUCGAAUCACAUCCAUGAAAACUAAUAGUUGGUGAUUUCUCAGAGCAGGAACCCGUUUGACUACUCCGGAAAAGCACAACUCGCCGUCAAGAACAUGCUGACUGUUCCGGUCGACAUCUCGUACAACAAUGGCUCGCAACAGACUACCACAUCCGACACGUUGGUCAAGGGACUUGAUGCGUUGCAGGUUCGUUUCUUGCCGAAAUCAGUCCCUUGGAUGACCCGGCAAUUGACAUCCGGGUCAUCCAAAUGACUAGUCAAAGCGCUGAUACAGCCGAUUCAACGCGUUGACAAGCCAUUUUGAUGUUGCGACGAUCAAUUAAAACCUUAAGUUAGCUAACUAUUUAUUUACUUAUUCCCCCCUAUUUUCAGUUCAAAAACGACGUGGAUGACGUUGAAAUCAAUGCCGGCAGAUUCAACAUUUUUUACGAAAAACGGCCUAUUGCGCGCGCGAGGCGAAGUCCCAGGCCCGAAAGAAAGGACAAGACCUUCACCUUUGAGGACAUGAAACACUACCUUAUUGUCACACUGGAGGAAGGGAUUUCGAUUGUGCAAACGGAGGUGGAGAAACCGAACAGUGGGCAGGCGGAGUCAUUUCAGAGGUGAGUUUAGAGGCCAACUUGUACUACUACAGUGGCGGGCCUGAUCCAGUGGCAAAAAACAUACCAUUUUGCAUCCCUGAAGUAUCAAAAAUAUGGCAAAAUGCUUCCCUUUCCAAGUGAACAAACCCCGGUUUCGAAAGCGUACCCACUCUUUUUGUGAGGAAAAGGGCGCGGCCUUUAAAACGAAGUUUUUUCACUUGGAGAGGGAAGCAUUUUGACACAUUUUUGAUACUUCCUGGAUGCAAAAUGGUACUUUUUUUGCCGCUGGAUCAAGUCCCUCACUGUACUUGCCAAGGAGAUUGCUCGAAAUUCGAUGACCUGAUUUUUAUGACACUAGGUUUGGCAUAGAGUUCGCCGAAAAAAGUCAUAUUGUACAGGGUGUCCAAAGAAAUUCAUUUUAGCCUGUGUGGAAAAUAAUGUGGAUUUGUCGCAGCAAAAUAUCAAGCAUCGUAGCAAACGCGCACCAAAUCUCCAGCCGCGGCUGCCGUCGCAAAACGAUGAUCAUUCCAAGGCACCACGAAUCCACAUUAUUUUCCCGACAGACUGGCAACCCUUCAAUAUCUAACACCACACCUUUUUCAGCAUUCUCUUCAUCGCAAACGACACAAUAACCCUUCCCAAGAUCAUGUUUUGCCGCAACAAUAACUGUGACCCUUCAAGUGUCAAGAACUUUGCCGUUUUCACCAAGGACGACAUUGUUCGGCGGGAUUGCUGCAAAAGAGACACCUUAGUCAGUUUGACAAAGGUGAAGAACCUGCUGCACGGCUCAUGGUGCGUCUACACGGAAGACGAUUUAAACUUGAAGCAGAAAGGAUUCUGCUUCAAUCGUGACUCGGUGGGAGGAGUUCACAUACUAAUUGCACAGGUAGGCGGGAUUUUUAGAGUUAAAAAAAAAGGAAAACUCCUUCAGGAUGGGUCAGACCGACCUGGGAGGUUUGAUUGGCCAAUACAGUGAAGGGCCCGAUCAAGUGACAAAAAACGUACCAUUUUGUAUCCGGGAGGCAUCAAAAAUGUGGCAAAAUGCUUCCCUUUCCAAAUGAAAAAACUUAGUCCUUUCCCUCACAAAAAAGAGAGCUUUGGAAAUCGGAGUUUUUCACUUGGAGAAGGAAGCAUUUUGCCAUAUUUUUGAUAUUUCCCGGAUGCAAAAUGGUACGUUUUUUGCCACUGGAUUAGGUCCUCCACUGUAACUUGGCGAAUGACGGAUGUAAAUUGCAAUAAAUUUUUUGUGGCCUACUUGAAGUUUCUGGGGUGUAAUUUUUGUCUCAUACACCCGCAUCUCAUCUUUAAAAUCAAAAUAAAAAAUUGUAAACACCCGGAGGCCACGAUACUAAUAAUAUUAAUAAAUAGGUGGAUGCCAAAAACAUAAAUGCCCAGAGGUCAAAAAAAUUUUUUUUAUAUUAAAAUUGAUCCACUACUUCCCAGUUAUUAACAAAAUAAAAUAAAACCUCUCUGGUCCGCCGUAUUUUUUCAAAACAGCAAAAGACGCAAAAACCAUCAAUUUUCACGUUUCAGAUCUUCGACAACUCGACUAUGCAAUUCUCCAUGGAAUGUUUGGUCCCCGACAAUAGAGUCCACAUCCUCUGGCAAGUCAUCCCUUACACCCUGCUGACAAUCGGCGAGAUCUUAUUCGUAGUCACUGGGAUGGAAUUUUCGUACGCCGAAGCGGCGCCAGCAAUGAAAUCACUUGUUCAGGUACUCUUUUUUGCAUUCGCCACUAUUUUUUCAAUUGCGAAUUUUUUAGGACAAUUUUUGAAAAAAUCGAAAAAUUUUUAAAAUUUCAGGCAAUUUGGACAAUGAACAUGGCUGUUGGCAAUCUAAUCUUCCUACUUCUAAGCUACCUCAUCAAAAAGAUACACUUGGAAGAUACAGCAUACGAGUUUUUGAUCAGCGGGCUUCUGAUGUUGAUCAUCUCAAUCGUCUUUAUUUUUCUGGCUCAAUUCUAUUAUAGCUAUGUCGAGGAGGAUGCUGACUGCUGA